GUGAAAGUAGGCACGAGAGUCUCAAAUCAUGUCUCUCUUCAUGCAGACUGCUCUAGUUUUACCAAAUCACUGGUUUGUAAACACGCCGAAACAUUUACGACUACUAGGACCUACUAAUGCUUGAUGUACAAACGAGCACAUCGGCACCACUUUAAAGUAUGGAAUUAAUAGCGUAUAUAUCUUUCUGUAGUAUGACACACGAAAGCACGACAUGAGAUACGGAUGCUGUUUCCAUGGUGAUUGAACAGCUGAAGAAGUGACGCGUUAGACGUUGAUGUUAUCGGUUGAGAACACUUAACGUUAACCAACAGGUUGGUUACAAGCGAACUAACUGCAGAGAUAUCGUCGGAGUCUCCGCCCUCCGAUCCUCAGGUUUCCAGCAGCAGUCCCGUCUCGCACUUUGGAUCUCCAGCGACCCAAACUCAACGAGCACAAAGAGCUACAACGGGUUGCUAGCGAACUAACUGCAGAGAUGUCGUCGGAGUCUCGGCCCUCCGAUCCUCAGGUUUCCAGCAACAGUCACGUCUCGCACUCUGGAUCUCCAGCGACCCAAACUCAACUAGCUACAACGGAUGUUUCACCGGAGGAUUCCACCAUUCCGUCACCCCACCAGCAGCCAGAGACUCCGCCACUGGUCUGUGAUGUGGAGAGUUUGAACCAAUGGGAUAUCAGCUCUUAUGCAAAGGAGCUUUUGAUAUCUGUAAUAGAUGAGUAUCGAGACCCGUUGGACAACAUGACGGAUGACAAACUGUUUGCAUGCUGGAUGGAAAAAAUGCCACAAACUGUAAAAAAGAUAGAAUCGCUGGUGUCUGAACUCGACGCCAUCACCAGUUCUACAAGACAGCCGUCACCGGCUGCCAGUUUAAGUGAGGAUGUUAACAAUGAGUCAGAGAAGCUACAGGAGGGACCUCUUUCGUUAUUGCGAAAUAGGUGGAAUGAGGAAAGCAGGGCGGUAGAUGGGCGAUAUAAAAGAUUGAAUGACCUGGGUAAAAGUAUGUGCUUGGAGGUGUUUCUAUUGUUUGAAAAGAUGGACGAUGACCUCAGCUUCAGCUCAGAGGAGCUAAAAUUUAAAGAAUUGUUUGUAAGUCUUUCCGAUGAGCUGAAUAAUGUGAUUCAAUGGCCGGACGAUGACCUCAGCUCGGAGGAGCUAAACUCAAUUGCAGAGAUGCAGCCCGUCCUGCACCCGUGUCAACUGGAGUCAACUGUCGACAGCCGUAUGGAUGAGAUUUGUUAUCUGAAGCAGCAGCUCAAACGGGCUCAGUCCCAGUUUAUAGAUGCCUACAUAGAGACAAUUCGAUGUCUGAAAGAAGUCAAGAUUCUUCAAUCCCUGCUGGUCCAACAAGAGGUGCUGCAGCAACACCAUGAAUGUCAAACUGUGGAAACUGACGCGAUAUCUACAAGAACGCAAGAUUCUUCAAUUGGAUCUACAACGGAUGUUUCACCGGAGGAUUCCACCAUUCCGUCACCCCACCAGCAGCCAGAGACUCCGCCACUGGUCUGUGAUGUGGAGAGUUUGAACCAAUGGGAUAUCAGCUCUUAUGCAAAGGAGCUUUUGAUAUCUGUACAAGAUGAGUCUCGAGACCUGUUCGAUGACAAAGUGUUUGCAUGCUGGAUGGAAAAAAUGCCACAAACUGUAAAAAAGCUAGAAUCGCUGGUGUCUGAACUCGACGCCAUCACCAGUUCUACAAGACAGCCGUCACCGGCUGCCAGUUUAAGUGAGGAUGUUAACAAUGAGUCAGAGAAGCUACAGGAGGGACCUCUUUCGUUAUUGCUAAAUAGGUGGAAUGAGGCAAGCAGGGAGGUAUAUAGGCGAUAUAAAAGAGUUAAUGACCUGGGUAAAAGUAUGUGCUUGGAGGUGUUUCUAUUGUUAGAAAAGAUGGACGAUGACAUCAGCUUCAGCUUAGAGGAGCUAAAAUUUAGAAAGCUGUUUGUAAGUCUUUCCGUUGAGCUGAAUAAUUUGAUUCAAGGGCCGGACGAUGACCUCAGCUCGGAGGAGCUAAACUCAAUUGCAGAGAUGCAGCCCGUCCUGCACCCGUGUCAACUGGAGUCAACUGUCGACAGCCGUAUGGAUGAGAUUUGUUAUCUGAAGCAGCAGCUCAAACGGGCUCAGUCCCAGUUUAUAGAUGCCUACAUAGAGACAAUUCGAUGUCUGAAAGAAGUCAAGAUUCUUCAAUCCCUGCUGGUCCAACAAGAGGUGCUGCAGCAACACCAUGAAUGUCAAACUGUGGAAACUGACGCGAUAUCUACAAGAACGCAAGAUUCUUCAAUUGGAUCUACAACGGAUGUUUCACCGGAGGAUUCCACCAUUCCGUCACCCCACCAGCAGCCAGAGACUCCGCCACUGGUCUGUGAUGUGCUGCAGUAAAAUCAUGGAUCUCAAAACAUGGAAACUGACGAGCCAGGUUAACUUCAUGUGAAGUCAUUAAAAUACUUAAAGUCUGUAAAUUAUGGCGUUUGUACAUGUGAUAUCUUAGAGCUGUGAUGUCAUCACCAGAGUGCAGAGGCAAUGUAAUUCUGACAUUUAUUUGGGCACAAAGGUCGUCUUCUAUGAAGUGUGUUGAAUAACAAAUUACUGUUGCGGAAAUAGGUUAAAUAUGCAAAAAUCCAUUAUAUAUGGAUAAAUAUAUAAUGUCUUGUAUCUCCACUAUCAGAAGAGAUAUUUCAAUGAUUUAAAAUGCUAUUCCACAGUUUUUGGACAUACAUAAUCAUUUAGAAUAUGUUUAGACUAAACCGAGGCUUUGUCCCUUAUGGCUACAUUUGCUGCUGAUCAAAAAACGGGAAGGGAAGUCCAAAGGAGGCAAAAUCCUCACGAGUGGAAGUGGAAGGCUCUAAAUAAAAGUUCACGGACAAAAGUAUUCAAACUGUGCU